GGAGGGAUGUGGGCAAUGGCAGUGCAGCACUGUAGAGAAGGAUAUUCAUUUCACUCCGUCUCGGCUGCUUCAAUUCAGGUGAAAAGUUCUCUCUUUACUUUUCGAUUUGGCGUUGCCAGAAACCUUGAAACAUUGAGAAAAGUUUGGGACGUCAGGGCCUCGGGAUUUCGUGGAGAAAGAAAAUCUGGGUUCGGUCUUUUUGGGUGUCAAAGCAAGCCAUCAAUUGAAAUGUGCCACUAUCAACCAUGGGAAGAUGCUCCACACCAAGGUGAAGAUUUUCCACAAAGAACGGGAAAUGGCAUAGAGCAUAUGGAGGCAAGGUGGGAAACCCGGAUGGCAAUGUUAGAGGCACGAAUAGCAAGAGUCGAGGCUCGGGUGGAAAAACUUGAGGCAACAAUGCUGCAAAUGCGAAGGGGGAUGCGUGUUGUAUGCGUAAUGUUUUUGGUUGCUGUCGUGUAUUCUAUAUGCAAAUAGAUACCAUUGAUGAUUGCACUUAUUAUUAAUUACUGUAUUUCUUCUAUAUGAGAUGUAUAAUAGGUAUUUGAUGCAUAUAUAGACUGAAGAAUCUUCAUGUAAGAAUGCCUAUACAAAAAAAAAUCUUUAUGUAAAGAUGUAUGUUCAGAAAAA